AUGCGUCCGAUAGAGGAUGCGGAUCUACUAAACAACGUCGUCCUAAUACCUGAUCCAUUGCACGGAUCAAUCGCUUCCGGUCUGGUCGUAAAGUGGCGCUACUUCGUUAACGUCCAUUCCAUUAAGCAUUCCGUCACAUUUCAGAUAUGGCGACCGAUAUCGACUUUGUCGUCAUCCUUAUCAUCACCGUCGUCGUCUUCAUCAUCGUCGUCGUCAUCGCAGUUUUUAGCGGGUUUGCAUGAAAAGCGCAAUCCAAGAAAGCUCCCAUUAAAGCAUGCCUCGUCACCAUCUUCAUCAUCAUCGUCCUCAUCGCUGGCUAUAUUACCGCCUUUUUCAUCUUCAUUUUUUUCUUCGUCUUCUUCAUCAUCUUCGCUGUCGCCAUCUUUGCCGUUAUCAUUUUCAGAGGAAUCUAAUAUAAAAACUUUUCAUUCGCUGCCAUUAAACGAAUCAGAGUCUAGAACUAAAAAAAGAUCAUUACCGUCUUCAUCAUCACCGUCACAUUACGCUUCACCAUCAUUUUUAAUUUCACCUCAAGAAUCGUUGUUAUCAUUUUUAUCACGCAACAGCAAGAUGCGAGUGAGGUACCGACUGAUGUUCCAGCACAGCUUUUUGCCGACCGAUCUUCGAUAUUCGGAGUACCAACUCGACCCGAAAGAUUUCUUCAAAGUUGAAAAAGGAGAUGUCCUAGGUUUGUACUUUCCCGACAACAACCCAAUCGGUUGGACGCCAGUACCAUGUGCCUUCUAUGAUCAACUUCCAAAAUAUAUUAAAAAACCUCCAUCUAAUUUACAGGUGGGCCACGCAUAUUCAUUCGAUACCCUCUUUCAAAUUCGCCCCCCUGAUGUUGUACCAAUGUGCCGGCAGUACUCUUUCAACGCUCUCUUCGCCAACAAAUCGGACACUCAAGCCAUAGAGGACUGGACAUGUCCGUCAACAAACUUCUGGCCCGAAGCGUCCACACGUCCAUCUUCUUCCUCAUCGUCGUCGUCGUCAUCAUCAUCGUUGUCUACAUCAUCGGCUUCAUCGCCAUCGUCAUCUUUGUCGUCUUCAAUUAAUAGCGGCCCGGCGUCAUACAGCAACAGAUAUCAUCAGCGAUACUUCAGGAACAACAAUCUCUACAUCAAAACUCGCCAUAAAAGCCCGGUCCUUGUAAAUAUUCCGCAGAAUGAUUUGAUUCUGGAUAAAACCGACAAUAACAACAACAACGCCAACAAUGACAACCACAACAAUGAAAACAUCAACACCCGUCAAAAUGACAACAUCAGCAACGAAUAUAAAAAAUUCUUCACAGUUAAAAACCCAGAUUUUUUGCUGUUGCGAGUUUUGUUGGCAGUCAUACUGAUCUUCGUGUUACUCCAAAGUACGCUCGGUCUCAUAACUUUCUUCAGUGCUAUUAAAAAUGUAGGCAGGUAA